AUGACGAUCUCGAACGGAAUCUCGCAAGAUGAACGACAGAAAAUUGCUGCGCUCAGAAAGCUGGUGAAAGACGACCUUACCGAGUACUACGACACAGAUUUUAACCUUCUCAGAUGGCUUCAAGGUCAUGCUCAACUUGAUCUAGUAGAAAUCGCUAAAAAGUUACGACAUCACUUGAAGGCAAGGAAGUCCGCUUGGGAUUUCGACAAUAUGCACAAGAAGAGCAGAACUCAUACAAUUCAUAACCACUGGCGCUAUGGUAUUACUGGAGAAUCUGAAGUUUUAGAAAAUGUCAUCAUCAACAUUGAACAGUGUGGAACAACUGACUAUACCGGUAUGCUGGAUUGUUUUUCGGUUUCGGAAGUAAUGAAAGCCCGACUGUGGGAUCUGGAAGAUAUGCUUAAACAGGUCAUGGAUCUUGAGAAACGUACAGGAAGGCAAGCGUGGAUACUCUACGUAAUGGACGUCACAGGUCUCGAAUAUAACAAAAAGCUCUACGAUUUGGUAACAGGUUCAAUGAGAUGUUUAGCUGAAUUCAUGGCUGAACACUAUGUGGAAAUGAUUAAGUUGCCGGAAAACAUUCAAGAGAUCGAUGUGCCUGCUGGUAAACAUCACAUAAUCAGUUUGAAUCUUCAACAAGGUGACGUGGUUUCGUGGUGGGUAUCCGGAAAUCGAAAUUUCGGAUUUGGAUUCUUGAAGCCGCGUGAUGAGGAUGACGAUGACUAUAUGGUGUAA